GCUGCUUACACAGCACCCGCGGCUAAGCCGCCUUGAAGAGCGCAAGGCGAGAGCCCUGCUGCCCGCAGUGCCGCCGGAGCGCCGCCGCCUCGCCAGCGCCGGGUGGCAGCGGGAGAGCCUGGGGACGUCCGCUGGAGGAUGGCCGAGUCACCGGCGGGGUCGGUGGUGAGCGCCGGGCUGGAUGACAGCCCCACGGGGCUGAGCCCAGCUCCCGGCAAGGCGCUGAGCCCUGUGCUGCUGUGCAAGGUGUGUGGGGACAGCAGCAGUGGGAAGCACUAUGGCAUCUACGCCUGCAACGGCUGCAGCGGCUUCUUCAAGCGCAGUGUCCGCAGGAAGCUCAUCUACAGGUGCCAAGCAGGCACAGGGCUGUGCCCAGUGGACAAAGCACACCGCAACCAGUGCCAGGCCUGCCGGCUCAAGAAGUGCCUGCAAGCCGGCAUGAACAAAGAUGCUGUGCAGAACGAGCGUCAGCCCCGCAGCACAGCCCAGGUCCGGCUGGACAGCAUCGAGCUGGACACCGAGCCCCCCCCCGAGCAUGUGGCCACCACCCGUGAGGUCCCCCCAACCCCCUGCCCAGCUCCUCGUGGUCCUGGUGCCACUGUCACCAUCACCCCAGGCCCCCGAGCGCCCACCCCGCCCACUAACCAUCGCUUCAUGGCCAGCCUGAUGACGGCCGAGACCUGCGCCAAACUGGAGCCCGAGGACGCUGAUGAGACAGUGGACGUAACGGGCAGCGAGCCGGAGCGGGUGGUUGGCGAGUACCAGGUGGCUCCGUACCCAGCAGCCAGCCCUGAAAACGUCUAUGAGACCUCAGCACGUCUGCUCUUCAUGGCUGUGAAAUGGGCCAAAAACCUGCCUGUCUUCUCCAACCUGCCCUUCCGUGACCAGGUGAUCUUGCUGGAGGAAGCAUGGAGUGAGCUAUUCCUGCUCUGUGCCAUCCAGUGGUCCAUGCCCCUGGAGAGCUGCCCACUGCUGGCUGUCCCCGAACCCGCCCCUGGCAAGCUGCUGCCAGCUGCCCUGGAUAUCCGAGUGCUGCAGGAAACCCUCGGCCGCUUCAAGGCCUUGGCCGUUGACCCCACCGAGUUUGCCUGCAUGAAGGCUGUGGUGCUCUUCAAACCAGGUGAGGGACACCCCACCCCCCAGCAGCCCCUGCUGUCCCUCCCUGGCCCCCCAGCCCAUCGCUCCCUUGUCCCUGCAGAGACCCGCGGCCUGAAGGACCCUGACCAGGUGGAGAACCUGCAGGACCAGUCGCAGGUGAUGCUGGGGCAGCACAACCGUUCCCACUACCCUGGGCAGCCUGUCAGGUUCGGGAAGCUGCUGCUGCUCCUCCCGGCACUGCGCUUCAUCUCCUCGGAGCGCGUGGAGCUGCUCUUCUUCCGCCGCACCAUCGGCAACACUCCCAUGGAGAAGCUGCUGUGUGACAUGUUCAAGAACUGAGUGCCCCCACCUCUGCCACCUGCCUGCUUUCUCACGUUGCACUGGCAUCUGGUCACCCCCGCCCCGGGCACCUCUGCACCCUGGGAU